UUGCGGGCGGAAAGGCAGCCGAGGUGUGGGCGGAAGUGCCGUUUUCUGGAGAGCGCCGUCGCCUUGGUUGCAAGGGGGAUUCGAGGUGCCGCCUCAUUCCAGGGCAAAUGGCUACUGUAAGCCAGAAAUAUUUCCUGGAAGGACAGACAUACUCCGUUCCCCUCAUCCAACCUGGCCUUCGGAGGGAAGAAGCUAUUCAUCAAAUAGCAGAUGCACUUCAGUACCUGCAGCAAGUCUCAGAUGAUGUCUUCAACAGGAUUUCCCAACAAGUGGAGACCAGGCAGAAACAGCUACGGGCAAUCAAUGACAGAGUCAGUCUUACUCAAGCCAAAAUUGAGAAGAUCAAAGGCAGCAAGAAAGCAAUCAAGGUAUUUUCCAGUUCAAAAUACCCUGCUCCUGAUCGGCUGCAAGAAUACUCCUCCAUUUUUGCUGGUGCCAGGGGUCCAGAUGCCCAGAAACGGCAAAGGCGCAAGAUUCUGAGCAAGCAUCGAACGUUGGAUGAGAAAUCCUUGCAGGAGAAGCCAGAAUAUUUUCCCGUCUGUGUCACUACAAAAGUCCAUCAGGAAGAUGAUGCCGAGGAGGGCCUUGGCAGCCUCCCAAGGAAUAUUAGCUCUCUUAGUUCCCUUCUGCUCUUCAACACCACAGAGAACCUAUAUAAGAAGUAUGUAUUCCUCGAUCCUCUGGCUGGAGCCGUAACAAAGACCCAUGUGGGUCUUACAACCGAAACAGAGAAGCUCUUCGAUGCCCCACUUUCUAUCACAAAGAGAGGGCAGCUGGAUCAACAGAUGGCGGAAAAUUACUUUUAUGUGCCAGAUCUAGGGCAGGUGCCCGAGAUCGAUGUGCCAUCCUAUCUGCCUGACCUGCCUGGUAUCGCUGCAGAUCUCAUGUACAGUGCAGACCUGGGUCCUGGCAUUGCACCCUCUGCUCCUGGCACUGCGAUUCCAGAUUUGCCCACUUUCAACACUGAACCUACUGAAAGUUUCCGUCAAGAUCUUCAUGAGGGGGCACCUCCACCACCUCCUCCCCCGCCGCCUCCACCACCGCCACCACCUGAAAUGCCAGUUGGUGUCCCACCACCCCCGCCUCCUCCUCCCUUGGCCUUACCCCUGGCUGAGUCUCAAGAGACCGAAGAGAUGAGCGGUGCAGGGCCAUCAGCUGCCCUUCAAGGAGCACCAAAAGAAGUUGUGAAUCCAUCAAACGGCCGGGCCACUCUGCUUGAAUCCAUCAGGCAGGCUGGUGGCAUUGGGAAGGCCAAGCUCCGUAGUGUCAAGGAGCGGAAGAUGGAAAAGAAAAAGCAAAAGGAAAAAGAACAAGUCGGCACUACAGGGCAAGGUGGGGACCUGAUGUCAGACCUCUUCAACAAAUUGGUCCUCCGACGCAAAGGCAUCUCUGGCAAAGGGCCUGCAGCUGGAGGGGACAGCAAUGCUCCCAACUUGCCCGCUGGUGCCUUUGGUCGCAUAUCGGACACUAUCCCGCCUCUGCCUCCCCCGCAGCAGCCAGCUGGCGAAGACAAUGAAGAUGACUGGGAGUCCUAGACGGCUGCCUUCCUUUGGCAGAGAACGGCUUCGGCGUUGCCAACACAUGGCAGCCACUAGACUGAAAAAGAGGCACUCAGAAAGAGGGAGCCCUUGUGUAACACAGAGACCCUCUCGUGCAGUCUCUUUCCCUCCCAUUCUGGCUUGUUUCCCACUCCUGCAAUGUAUACUCAUCAGUGGACAUUAUUACUAUUCAAUUUGCCUCCUCUGCUGCCCACCAGCCUUCCAGUGUGAAUUAUCUCCUCCUUGUAUAUACUGCCAAAUCUGCUGCUGGGCAGCUGGUGCUCACUGGCGAUCAAAGGCAAUUCUCUUCUUGAGUGAAAAGCCCCUGGUCAAGUAUGAUGUGACACUCACAAUUCAUGGAGGCAGUCUUUGCCUCCUGCAGUAGAACCCAUCCUGGGGUAGUUUUGCUAGGAUAGAGAAUUGGUAGGGAGAGACCUGGGUUUCAGGUGCAGACAGAUAAGUACAAUUGAGAGAGACAUUUAUAUCACUCAACUCAGUUCUUAUUUCCUUUCCAUGUAGAACUAGCUCAGCAAGUAAAACUGCUUGCUUCGCACAUGUGAGUAGCUGACUGAUUAAAAGUACCUCUUAAUAAAUGUCAAUAACCUGUUUUCUGUUGUGUACGUCAAAUUGUUCUAAGAUGGAAAACAGGGCCUAUAGCUCAGGCUACUUUCUCAGGAGCCACCUACUUCAGCCAGCUUUAGCUCUUCAAGGGAAAGCAGGAGUUGACUGAAGGUGGUGUCUGCAAAGUCAGGAAAAGUGCUAUAUCACAUUCAAGCCUUUUCUAGAUUCUCUCCUUUUUAAAACACCACAUCGUUACUAGCCACCUCAGUUUAGCAAGAAACCUUUUGGUCCCUUUAGUUCAAUAUUAUAGUAACCUAUUAAAAUCUAAGUACAUCCUUGCACACUGCAAGGCCUUGGGCUAGUUAUGCACUCUCAGUCUCAGAGGAUGGUAAGGGCAAACUUCUUUUGAACAGAUUCUGCCAAGAAAACCUCACAAUAGGGUCACCAUAUAUUAGAAAUGACUGGAAGGCACACAGCAAUUAAGAUCCAUUUGUAUACGUCUUAAACAAUAAUGAGUAAGGGGAUAUUAUAUUAAUAACAGCUAACAUCCUUUUGGUGCAUUAUGUCAACCAUUGUACUUUCUCCAGGAACAAAUACAAGAGGCAAGAGAAGGCCAACUGUGGCUGAUCAUCUUAGGGCUGAUGGAUUUAAGUUAGGCAGCCCCUAUAAUGAAUGCAAAUGGAUCAAUGGUAAGCACACAUGGCUAACAAUUGCAAUGCAUAAAAGUAAAGCAAGAGCCAAUGCUCAUUUGACAUGCUACUCGGUGCACCUCAAUGCAAUACACAUAUGCAAAAAUUCCAGAUUUGCUAUUGUCAAUUGGCAGUGACAACCGUCCUUGUCCAAAAAAAUUUAUGCUGCAUGCAUAGUACAAAUUAAACCUACGUACCGUAUAUACUUGAGUAUAAGCUGACCCAAAUAUAAGCUGAGGUACCUAAUUUUACCACAAAAAACUGAGAAAACAUAUUGACUCCAGCAUAAGCCAAGAGUGGGAAAUGCAGCAGUUAUUGGUAAAGUUAAAAAAUAAAAUAGAUGCCAAUAAAAUUACAUUAAUUGAGGUGUCAGUAGGUAAAGCCUUUUUAAAUAUUUACAUAAAACUGUAAUUUAAGAUAACCAUUAUUCUAACCUUCUUCAAUGUAAUGUGCUUACAUAUCCUUCCAAUAAUAAUAGAGUAAAAUAAUAAAUGUAAUAAUAAUAAUAGUGAAAUAAUGAAAAUGUAAUAAUAACAGUAAUAAGAGCAAAAUAAUGUAAUAAUAAAUAUAUUGAGUAAAAUAAUGGAAAUGUUAUAAUAGAGUAAAAUAAUGAAAAUGUAAUCAUAACAGUUAAUAGAGUAAAAUAAUGGAAAUGUAACAAUGAGAGUAACAUAAAUUUAAUAACAACAGUAAAAUAAAUAACUUUGACUAAAGUAAAGCUGGGGGGGGGGGUUCAGCCUAAAAAAGGGCUGAAAAACUCGGCUUACACUCGAGUAUAUACAGUAUGUCACUAAUAGGAUACCAGUUUAAAUCUGCCUGCUCAAAGAAGCUUGGCUCUCAAAUGCCUGAUUUCCUUCACAGCUGUUAGGAAAGUUUUUUUCUCAGAUUUUUUUCCUCUUGCCUUCAUUGGCAUGGGGCACAAACAGGACUCUAGCUUGAGUGGAGGAAAACAUUAAUAAUUCAAUAAUAUUUAAUUAUUGAAUGAAAAAUUAAUUUUAGUUACUAAUAUUUAAUCUGGCCUCCACACAGAUAACCACAUUUUAGAGCAUUUGAUUUGCAAAGUUUUUUUUAAAAACCCACAUAAAAUGUUGCAUGCAAGCCUCUGGCCAUUUUGAAAAGUGGCACCUCAAGCCCUUGGCAGUUACCCAGGCAUGUUCUUUGCCAGUACAGUAACCCACCUGGGUUUUCAUUUAUCUCACCUGCCCCAUGAGACAUGGUUGUCAUAUAAAGGAAGACUCUAUUUCUCAAUGACCUGUUCUACAAAUGUGGAAGAUGUUUUUUUGCUUGAGGCUUUAGCUGUAAGGAUCCCUAGCUGCUUCAUUAUAUUAAGGCAGCAUACACUUGAUCUGCAAACCCAGAAUGUCAAAUGCAGUUUUGGGUACAUCUCAGGAAACUUGUCUGGGCUAAGAAUCUUGGUCAUGUGCAUAGAGCUCUCAAAAAUGUGUAUUCAAGUCAUACAUGUAUAUCGUUCCAAUCACUCCUGGAAGAUAUUGUACACAAUAUGUGGCAUCUUUGCUUGUGUACACAUUGUUGCAUAAAAUUGUGGCCGUUUAAACUUUUUGGAGGCUGGAAGAAUCAAAAGAAUGCCUCAUAGGUCUUGCUCCUUGACCUCCAUCCUGGCAGGAAGCUUGUCUGGUUAAAAUACAGCUACAGACCUGACUUGUUCUUCUGCCAAGAGGAGCUUUUGCUUAAAGUUCAGAGAAACAAGCUGAAGCUAAGCAUCCCUUUGGUCAAGGACUUCAUUACACUUCUUAAUAGCCAGUAGAGGUGGGCACAGUAUUUGUUUCAUUCGGAUAUUCAUUUUGUACCAUCCAUUCGGGUGGCAUGAAACAAAAGAGCCAUUUCAGAUUAAACAAAAGGUGGAACAAAAGAGAAAAUUGCA